AAAUGGGCUUAAAGAGAAGCGGGAUCUCAGCCGUGCCGCGCAGACCCCGGCAAGCAGGGUACGUGGGGGCCCCCGGGCAGCCGGCGCCCCGCAGCACCAGCCGCGACGAUGCUCCACUCCCUCGGCGUUCACACCUUGCAGCUGCUCACCCAGGCGGCCGCCUGCAUCCUCCUCUUCCCCCGCUUCCUGCUCACCGCCGUGAUGCUCUGGCUCCUGGAUUUUCUGUGCAUUAGGAAGAAGAUGCUGCUGAUGCCCACGGCGGAGGAGGUGGCCAGAGCCAGCGAGGGGCCGCCCCCCGACGACCCCCCGGUCUGCGUGUCCGACUCCAACCGCAUGUUCACGCUGGAGUCGCUGAAAGCCGUGUGGCACGGACAGAAACUGGACUUCUUCAAGUCGGCGCACGUGGGCUCCUUGGCCCCCAACCCCGAGGUGAUCCAGCUGGACGGGCAGAAGAGGCUCCGCAUCCUGGACUUCGCCCGCGGCAAGAGACCCCUCAUCCUCAACUUCGGCAGCUGCACCUGACCCCCGUUCAUGGCCCGCCUCCGGUCCUUCCAGCGCCUGGCCGCGCACUUCGUGGACAUUGCCGACUUCCUGCUGGUGUACAUCGAAGAAGCACACCCCUCCGACGGCUGGGUCAGCUCGGACGCAGCCUACAACAUCCCCAAGCACCAGUGCCUCCAGGACAGGCUGCGGGCAGCUCAGCUGAUGAGGGAAGGGGCGCCCGAUUGCCCCCUGGCCGUGGACACCAUGGACAAUGCUUCCAGCGCCGCCUACGGUGCCUACUUCGAGAGGCUCUACAUCAUCCAGGAGGAGAAGGUGAUGUACCAGGGAGGCAGAGGACCAGAGGGCUACAAGAUCUCGGAGCUCAGAAGCUGGCUAGACCAAUACAAAACCCGGCUCCAGAGCCCCAGCACGGUGGUCAUCCAAGUGUAAAAAGGACCUGGCAAAAGGCUCAGGGGCGGAGAGGAGAGGGCGGGAGGAGAGGUGGCGAGGGAGAAGGCACCGUGACGCGGAUGGCAGGAGCCCUCCUCCCCGGGGACACUCGAAGGAGGCUGCCGUGCGAGCUUUCGAGCAAGAUGUGCCAUAGCCCUUUCUCUAUUCAAAUCAUGUUGAUUUGCCAGCCACGCUCUGUCGAUACUGUAUUUCCAUGUGCGUUUUGUAAAUAACUCUUCUUUUUUUUUUCUUUUAUUUGGAGAAGCGUUUACUAAUUUUUAAGGAGGCUCUCUUCCUUCGGGAUCUGUUCCCAGCUGCGUGUGUGCGCGGGUGUGUGUCUGAAAAGUUGUGUACAAGUGCUCCGUGCUGCCUAGCAAGUGCUAACUGGGAUUUCUAGUAUUUCUUUGUGAUGACCGAUUUUGAAAUGGGUUUCUCUAAUGCCAGGAAAUCGCGUCUGAUGUUGUCAAGUACUAGAACUGCCAAUAGCCAGAGCUGAACGGAAUGUCCUAUUUAUGGGGGGGUUUUGUAAGACGUUCGUUCACCUUUUUUUUAUGAUUUUUUUUAAAUAAUAAAGGUUGAGUAAAUACACGUCUAA